AGAUAUAUGUCGGUCAGGGCCAGACUGUGACACGUUAGGUCUAGCUGAGCUAGGAACAGUGUGUGACCCACUAAGGAGCUGCUCUAUUGUAGAAGACAACGGUCUAAGUGCUGCUUUCACUAUGGCUCAUGAACUAGGACAUGUAUUCAAUAUGCUGCAUGACAGUAACUUCAAAUGUCAGAGUGACAUAGUUGCAGGAAAGUACGCUGUAAUGGCCCCCACGCUCAACUACCAUUCCAGCCCAUGGAAAUGGUCCAAGUGCAGCCGAAACCAACUCACAGAAUUCUUAGAUCUUGGAUAUGGCGAAUGCUUAUUGGACAAACCGACCGGACCCCGCUCCCUGCCCGUCAGUCAUCCUGGAGAGGUGUACAACAUCACCCAGCAGUGUGAACUGGUCUUCGGCACAGGGUCAACGCUCUGUACCUACAUGACAGAAACUCCGAAGAGAACAUGUAAAAGGCUAUGGUGCACAGGAUAUUCAAGAGGUGUUCAGACUGGAUGUCGGACACAGCACAUGCCAUGGGCAGAUGGUACCCCCUGUGGCAGCCAUCAUUGGUGCUCCCAUGGCGAGUGUCGAGAAAAGGAGCAACACACAGAGGUGAUCGAUGGCCAGUGGGGCAAGUGGGGCGAGUACAGCGAGUGCUCCAGGACUUGUGGGGGCGGGGUCAAAGAGGCCAUGAGGAACUGUGAUAACCCCGCCCCAGGGAAUGGAGGGAAAUACUGCAUUGGACGAAGGCUUCGGUUCAGGUCUUGUAGCACACAGGAUUGCCCAGAGGGUUCCCAAGAUUUCAGGGAGAAGCAGUGCUCAGAGUUCAAUGGGAGCAAUCCACCAAUCAAUGGAGUUCCUCCAAACGUGAGAUGGGUACCUAAAUAUGAAGGAGUUCAACUCCAUGACAGAUGUAAACUUUACUGCCGUGUUAGUCAUUCCAGCGCGUACUAUGAACUGAAGAAAAAGGUUAGGGAUGGGACUAAGUGUGACCCUGAUAAUGAUGAUAUAUGUGUACAAGGACAGUGCAGGCAAGCCGGUUGUGACCAUGUAUUGAGCUCUAACGCCAAGCGAGAUGAAUGCGGAGUGUGUGGGGGAGAUAACUCUGCAUGUAGGAGGGAGAGAAGAACGUAUAAUCACGUCAGACAUGGAUAUACAAAAAUCAUCACUAUACCAUCAGGAUCAACACAAAUUGAAAUAAAACAGUAUUCAUUUAAUGGCAGAGCUGAGGAUGAUAAUUAUCUUGCCUUAUCCAAUGACCAGGAUCAAUUUAUUCUCAAUGGUAAUUUUAUAGUCAGCAUGUAUGCCAGAGAGAUCCAUAUAAACAAAACUGUACUACAAUAUAGCGGUUCAAGCAGAGCGGUAGAGACCAUCAUUAGCAACGACAAAAUACAGAGGGCAAUUAAUUUAUAUAUUUUAUCUGUAGGUGAUUUAAAUCCACCCAAUGUGUCGUAUUCCUUCAACGUGCCACACACGAACUUUCCGAUCUAUUUAUGGGAUCGAUCGGGGCCAUGGACAGAGUGUGAUAGAGACUGUUAUGGUAUGAAGCGAAGGGUUAUCCGAUGCAUGGAUGCUAAUGAUAACAGAGUAGUAGAUGACUCCAUGUGUGAAGGCCCAAGGCCCACUGAUCCUAUUGAAGAAGAAUGCAAUACAAGAUGUAUAGUUCGAUGGCACGUCAUGAGAGAAUCUGAAUGCAACGAACAGUGUAAGAAAACCAGAUUGAUCAAAUGCAUCAAAAAGAAGAGAAAAGGAGAAGAAUACUCUCAGGUUACGGAUGUUUACUGUAAUGCUGCAGAGCGCCCCCCUGAGACGAUCGAUUGCCAGGAUUCAUGCAGAACCAGUCGCUACAGAUGGGAGUAUUCGUUAUGGUCACAGUGUUCAAGAUCAUGCAAUACAGGCACAAGAUCCAGGGGGGCAUCGUGUCGUUACGGUGAGGGCUACAUCGUGGAUAACAGAUACUGUGAUCAUUCGUUACUUCACACAGUAGAGGACUGUAGCACGCACGGAUGCCCAGAGUGGUCAGCGCUAGAAUGGAGUGCAUGUUCAGUGACAUGUGGUGUAGGUGAAGAACUGAGAGAGGUUGCUUGCUAUCAGGAAGGAACCAAGGUAGAUUCAAGGCUCUGUGACAGCCUCACAAAACCUGAUGCCAGACAGAGAUGUGAGCAGAAACGCUGCCCUCACUGGGCACCUGGACAAUGGGAAUCGUGCUCUGUAACCUGUGGCAGCGGAUACCAGCGGCGAACCGUCGGCUGUCGAACUUUCGACGGCCAAUGGCUGGAUGAAUCAGAAUGCAGCGCUGGGGCAAAGCCCAUCGUAGAACAGGAGUGCAAGCUCCCUGAUUGCCCCAUCCCCACCACCACCACCGUCGCUCCUACUACCACCCAAGCUACGACUCCGCCCAGCAGAGAGAUCAUCACCAUGCCAGUGUUUGAUGAGAUUGUGGACAGGGGGAAUCCUGGUAUUUCUCCUGCAGCCAGGAGGAGGAUCUUCAGGAGCCAAUGGAGAACAGGAGCAUGGACACCAUGUUCGAUGACUUGUGGACCGGGCAUCAGGGAAAGAUAUGUGAGUUGCCGUGACGGCUAUGGCAACAUUGACAACACAGACUGUGACCCUGACCUUCGACCUCUGUCCAUGGAGAUGUGUGAGCUCAAGUCUUGCCCCCAUUGGAGGACAGGGGACUGGAGAGAGUGUCCAGUCUCCUGUGGGGAAGGAGUGACGACGCGUUACGUUGCCUGUGUUUACAACGACGACACGAUUACAUCCAAUGCCGAGUGUGAUCCUGAGAUCAAACCAAGCAGAGAACACUCCUGCAAUGGCCAAGAUUGUCCUACCAAUAGACCUAGAGGGCGCACUUUACAUGACAAUUAUGACAAUAGGAUUGGUGCAAGGCACAGCUGGAGGACAAGCACAUGGAGUCCAUGCAGUGUUUCGUGUGGUGAGGGGUCGAGGCAACGCAGGGUGGAAUGCCUGGAUGACAACAACAGGAUAUCAUCGUACUGUGAUCAGACCUCCAGACCAACUGAAGCCGAGUCUUGUGAGGUGGAGCCCUGCCCCUCCUGGGACUACGGAGAAUGGGGUCAGUGCUCCAGAACUUGUGAUGGAGGAGUCCAAUCAAGGGUUGUAAAGUGCAGGAGGCGAAACGGCCAAACUGUAUCAGACAGCCGGUGUGACCAUAGGAAACCAGAGAAUUCCACCACUUGCAAUACUCAAAGGUGCCGGCCACGGUGGCAUACAGGAACAUACUCAUCGUGCUCUGUAACUUGUGAUAAAGGUCUGAAGACUCGUAUCGUCGUCUGCCAGUAUGAAGACGGUAGCCUGGCUGUGGAUUCUGAAUGCGAGGGCGAGGAGAAGCCUCCAACUGAACGAGAAUGCAGGAAACCAUCGUGUGCCAAAUGGAAAUCAGGAGAUUGGGGAGAGUGUUCAGUGACUUGCGGGCGGGGCACCCAGGAAAGGGAGGUGGUGUGCGCCAGUAAUAACCAAGAGGUGAAUUCGAGUCUGUGCCCGGGGGAGCUACCAAGGACCAGUAAGUCGUGUCGGAGAAACUCCUGUCCGAGCUAUAGGUGGAAGAAGGGGCGAUGGACCCAGUGCAAUGAGACUUGUGGAGGCGGAUUAAAGCUAAGAGAAGUUUGGUGUCAAGAUAAUAAAGGUAGAAGGGUCACUGAUGAAUACUGCCAGGCAACCAGGAAGAAACCCACUCACAUGAGGAAGUGCAAUGUUGACCCUUGCCCUCCAAGAUACAUCACUGGAGCAUUCUGGGUAGAAGGGCUAUGGGAAGAGUGCACAAGAACCUGUGGGGCUGGAGAGCAGAUUCGGGAGAUCACAUGUCAAGAGCUGAGCGAAGAUGGUUGGCGUAUCCCAUCAGACCUCAGUACGUGUAACCCAGCAACCAAGCCUGAAUCCACCAGGAGAUGUAACAUGGGAACAUGUUUCGGUGAUGUCCACUGGAAAAUUGGUCCAUGGGCUACGUGUUCUAAGUCUUGUGGAGAUGGUGUACAACGUCGUAAGGUUCAAUGCCAGGCUCGUCAUGGGAAGAUCAUGCCUGAUCGUUUCUGCCGUCAUCCUGCCAUCAAACCAGAGACUGAGAGGAUAUGUAACAGUAGGGCAUGUCCACCAACGAGUUGUAGAGAUCUGCAGGAGAUACAGAACAUCCAGGAGGAUGGGGACUAUUCCAUGUUGAUCCAGGGUAGACUGCUCCAGAUAUUCUGUCAUGGGAUGGCAGGGAGCAAUCCAGCUGAAUAUCUUACACUUCCAGCUUCAGAAGCUGAAAACUAUUCUGAAAUUUAUACCAAAAGGUUAUUAAAUCCCAGUUAUUGCCCCAAUAACGGAGCAAGAAAUGACGACUGUGAAUGCUCAAACUAUGGACAUCGGUAUCCGGGGCUAACAUCAUUCAACAAGAUUAGAAUAAAUGUUACAACAUUAGAAGUUAUAACCGAUGAUCCUACUUUUGCCACCGUGCAUCAUGGUCAUUUUAUACCCUACGCUACGGCAGGAGACUGCUUUAGUGUAGUCCCUUGCCCCCAGGGCCGCUUUCAUGUGAGCCUAAAUGGGACAGGCCUUGUGGUGGCGCCAGAUGUAGACUGGUCAACAGAAGGCCACUCAGUAUCAAGACAAAUAUCAAGAGAUGCUAUUAAUCAAAGAGUUAGUGGUAUCUGCGGUGGAUAUUGUGGAAAAUGUUUUCCAGACAGGGGAGACGGAAGAUUAUUACCUCUAACAUUCCAAUCAUGACUCAGGGACAUGUAGAUUAUUCCAAUUGUCUUGUACAUGCUGUAAAUACUAUUUUUAUUAUUUAUCACAAGAUGUAUUAUAGUAAACCAGAGAUAAUUUAUAUUUUAUAUACAGCACUUUGAUAUAAGAGAAGAAAAAAAACUCAAUAUUUUUGUGGGAGAUAUGGCCAUUGUGGGGAGGAGAAGGGAGAGGGGGUUCAUUAAAGGGGGUGGGGGUAGGGAGGGAUGUAGAGAGAGGCUCUGUUUGUUUUGACUACCGUGGCAAGAUGACGCAGAGAAAUGGACCAAUGCUUGACUAUUCUUCAGGAUCUUCUGAAACUCAACAACGAAUGCUGCAAUUCUGACUGUAUUUUUGCUGUCGUGUUGUUUGGACUGCCUGAGACUUUGAACUUCUGGUUAUGCAAGACUUUGUUUUUAUAACAUGCUUUUCUGUUGUUCUGCUUUGUACAUGUAUUGAGAACAAGUCCAGCAAUUUGCAUUAAUAUGGUGUUAUUAAGUGUUUGCAUAUUUUUAUCAAAACAACAACAACAAAAAUAUUUUUGUUGGAAUCUACAUGGAAUCUUUAAAAAAUAUGGCUUUUAUACUGUUUUAUACACGAGGUAUUAUAGAAACUCUUGCAAACUCUAACACAUUCAUGUUAUUUAUGUUAUGCUUUUUUUUUACAUAAAUAUGUUAUUGUUGCUUGUGUCCCUUUUGUAAUAGGAAAGGAUUUUCUAUAUAAUUUUUGUUAACUUGGUUAACAGUCUACCUCUGUAUAGGUUCUUACAGAUGCUAAAAAAAUGAAGAGUUAGAGUUCGUAUGUGAACAAUGAGGUCAUUAACAGUUUCAGUUACCUGUAUGUUAUUUAAAGAAUUUUUUCAAAUGCACAAAUUAAUCACAAUUUAUGACUAUGCAAAAGGACUACCCGUAAAAAAAAACACUGCCCAAGUUCGAUACCUCAAUUAAAGUCACAAAUGCAUAUAUGCUGCUUCAACUCCUAUUUACAUGUAGUGUAGUAUGUUUCUGCCAUAUAUUCAACUCAGGGCCGGUGCUUUUGACUGCUAAAGAAAUCCUCACUGAGGCAGAAAAAGGUUAAUAUUUCCUGUGACACAAGCACUGCUUCAAAUUUGAAGUUCGAGUGACGUUAGUUAGCGAUUUAUAGUGUGUGUGUGUGUGCACAUAGUGAUGAUCUGACAAACAUUUGUUAUUACACCGUAUUUUUGAUAGAUAUACAUGUAUGUAGUUCCAAAGUGAUAGAUGAAAAUGAUAGUGUAUAUGCAGGGUUCUUAGAUGCUUUCUUGCCUGUGCAGUUAUUUUAUGUCUCACAUUACCGAUAAAUAACUUUUUAUAGUAUUUUCUACCCCCUUCGAUAUAUUCCUGUUUUUGUGGAUAGUAAAUUUCAAUGACUCAUGUAUCAAUUGUGAUAACAUAGAGUGUUUUUUCUUUAUUUGAUGCAAAUCGAGCUUUAAUACUGAUGGAAUAUUGGUGGGUUUUAUUUUCUGGAUUUACUCAAAUCGGGAGUAGAAAGGAUUACAACACGUAAACUAGAGCAUCCUGUAAGCAUUCUAUUCAAUUCAUUUUCUGGCUUUAAAUACGAUUAUUAUUAGGUUUCUUAGAAGAAUUUAGGUGAUGCUGAUCGAGGUUGAGAUGUAUGAAAUAUUGGAGAUCUACUCACUGCCAAUUUUUAUGCCUCGAUUUUACAGUCAUGAUUCAUGCAAUGUUACUUGGGACCACUGGAAUACAAAUAAGAUUCCAUUGACCAAGUCAUACAUGGUAUCGAUACUGAUAUUUUUUGUAACAAAAAUUGACUCCAUUUUGUUAUUCAUAGUCUGGAACAGAAAUCAAAUAAAAUAGACAUGUUCUUGAGAGCCUCGAUUAAUCAGCAUUUAGCCAAAUUUUGACGUACAUGCAUAGUAUUGUCUUAUACUGUUAUGAUUUUAGAAAAAUGGUGUACAUCAUAUCAUAUGUCAAGGAAUGUUCAUGGUAGUUCUUACUGUCUUUGUAUUUUUUUUACGUUCAAUGUUUGAAUUUUUUACCCCGAUAAUUUGCAAUGUGGUGAAAGGUAGGAAAUGGAAAAGCUAUUUUAAUACAUGAUAUGUCAAAUGGUGCUGCCUAUUCUAUACAAGUACAAGCUGAAAGUAUGGUACUUGAAUCUUCUGUGUGAUGUACAUAUGUAUAUAUAUUCAUUAACUUAAAAAACAGUAUUCUCUAGAACUAUGCAAUGUUAUACAGGAGUUAUUUGCUCCCUUGUUUAUGUAAAUGAUGCUUGUCAUUUUUUAGGAGUCUUUUUCAUCAUUAUUUAUGUUCAUUCUGCCAAACACAACCCCCCCCCCCCCCUCUAUACGUUUACAUUGUAUUUCCAUAUAUCUCUUUGGUCAAUUGAUGCGUGGUGAGAUGUUGCAGACAUCUAUUGUGGUAUUUUUUUAGCCUUUAUAUUUCAUAUUGAACUUGUUUUCUAUUUUAGUAUUAUAGUAUGUAUAUUUUGGAUUUCAUCAGAAAAGAAACAAAUGAUCACUCCUUGGAUAACAAUGUCUGUUAUGAAAUAAAAAAGGGAUAAAUGUAGAAAGGAAUACUAGACCUAGGAAACAAUACUGAGAUGGUGGAAAAUACUAAUAUAUUACAGGAGGUGGAAAUAAUAUAUUACAGAUAAAUGAUAUUGACCUAGAUCAUGAACUCUCUAACUUUUGAAGCAAACACAAAACAAUAUUAGCAAUCAUUCCAGUCAGCAUUGUAAAAGGAAUCAGAGAAUUGCAUACCGGUAAAUGCAUGUAGCUCAAACUUUUGUUUUGAAUUAUUCCUUCUGUCAGCUUGUUGUCAGCAUGACACAUUGCUAAAGUAUUCUUUUCAUGACAUUCUUUUAGAUUGAUUCAGUCUUCUUCUUUCUUUUUACUAGAUGUUGAUGGUAGAUCAUAGAGCGCAAAUAUUAACUUUUUAGAAUAAAAUGUUUUCAUGAAUAUGGUGCUUAUAUUUCAUUUUUAACCAGUAUAUAAAAAAUCUGCUUUUCUAUCAAUACAUGUGUUGAACUUGCUUGGAAAAAUAUUAUUUUCUUCUUUUACGAAUAUUUAGUGAGACUAUUUAAUGCCGAUUUUGAAAGCCAACUUGCAAUGCUCACUGUUCGUUGUCAUAUUGUGUUUCUUCCAGUUGUACAUGUAUACACACGUAAUUCCAUUUUAACAUUACUGUGUUUAAUGAUCUACUUUGUGUCUCUGUCAGCAUAUUUGUGAAAGAAAACCUACAAUCCUUUGAAAAUAUGUCACAUUAUAUUGCCAAAGAGAAUAGAUUUUAGCCAGUCAGUACCAGAUUCUGGAUUGCUUUGACAUUAUCAAUGUAUAUCACAUUAGAGCAAUUAUUGACAUAAAAUUUACGUCAACAAAGGCCACAUCCCAAAGUGAAAAUGUCUCCCAUCAGCAAUCUUCAAGCUUGUCAGUCAAUAUUAAUUUGGUAAACAAAUAAACAUGUAGACUUCUAUGAUUGCGAUUAAACGUUUGUGAAAGAAAAGACCAGUUUACUAAAAUAUUCAAAUUCAAAGAGGUUUCUACCCAGACUUGGGUAUGGACUAACUCUAACUCAAACUAGGCAUAGAUAGAAUGAAAGUCUGUACGCAAUUUUGCAUUCUGACUUUUAACAUGCAUGUACAAUAAUUUGAAUGCAAUAAUUUUGUUACUUAACAUAAGUCUAGGCUGUUUGCUGUUUAAAUAGAGUCUGUGAAUUUAAAUGCAUUUAUGUAAUGAUCUGUUCACCUGGUUGUCACUAGCAACUUUUGGUUUAGAAGAACUGGGAUAUAUAAAAUUUGAUUAUUUAGUAAACUGGUCUAUUCUCCCUCUAUCUUUGCUGCUUGAGCCAUGCAAGGCAUUUCCAGAACAGCAACAGGGUAUUAUACAGUAUUAAACUAGACUGCAAUCACACAACAACCCACAAUCACACCUACAGGACCGACAAUAUUAAAGACAAUACUGAAUUGGCCAAGUAUUGGUUGGUGUGGAGUCAGUUUGGCAGUAUGAUUGGGGCAUGUGGUAGACCAACUCAGAAAAUGCCCCAGUGACAAACUAGAACAAGUUUUAUGGGAUCUGUGAGGAAUAUUUCCAUUCCUACAAGAAAUUUGUAUUUUAUCUUGGGCAUUUUUUAUGGUGCUUCCCACCUCAUUGUGGAACGAGCUUGUGAGUUUUUUAAACUUGCUUUGAAGUUUAUUACCAGUCAGUGUGUAGCUCUACUAUUUGGUCCUUAUGUUUCUAUGCUGCUUAUGAAAUAUAAGGCUGAAACUGUGACAGUAUUUUGUGUUUAUCACUGCAUUAUCUUGAGGGAAUAAGGUUUGUUGAUUGUAGUGGAGUAUAUGACCAUUUGUAACUGGACUAGUUUUCAUGCUUGAUUAUUAACUAGCAAAGAAAAUGGUUAUGAAUAUUAUCAUGGACUUCAUAUCAAGACUACUGGCAACUCCUCUGCCACAAAUGAAUUAUUUUUGCUAAAUGAUUGAAGAUAUUGUGGGAGAAUAAUUUGCAUUUACAAAGCUGCAGUCAUGGAGAUCUUUCACUAAUGAAUCAUGGUUAAUAAUUACAUUUAGAUCAUGAUAAUUAAUUUUAGUUUCAAAAUCAUAGCUUUAGGACACAAAAGAAAAUAAUUACCCUUUUUUUGACAUGUUCAACAUACAUUCUGUGGGGAUAUUGUUUUCAAUGUUCCUUUUACAAACAAAACUUAAUAAAAUUGAAAAUUUGAAACUUUAGCAUCACACCUACAAGUAAAACCAUAUUACACUUAUUGUAAUUGAGAUCAGUUCUUGAAACAACAUUUCUAGCAAUGUACCACAGGUCUAUAUACAUGCUGCAAAAGACCGAGGACUCCAUCAUACUUCUGAAGUCUUUUAUGUAUUUCUUCAUUUUAUUCAUUCUUUCUACUAUCAGAGAAUGAAUGUGUGAUCUGUACAUAGUCCUUUAAUACAAAAUUAAAACAUGAAUUGAAUAUUUAAAAGGUCAAAAGAAAAAAAAUACAAUAAACAAUGAUGAAAAGGAAUAUAA